UUUGGCAGUCCAAUAACACAGAUUUCACUUGGACCAUAUCUUUUCUCCAAACACGAAUCACGAUGGAACCAGAAGAACGCAAACGCAAAAUUGACGAAGUUGUAGGCGAUGAAACUGUUGGAAACGACAGCAAAAGACAGUUGACAGAAGAGACUCUUGUGGCCACCAAUGGCAAGUCGCCAAAUCAAGAUUCACCACCGCAACACUCUCAGUCUGAUACUACGGUUGGUCAUCAACCAGAUCAAGCGACACCAGAGCUGGCAGGUUCUGAUCAACAACGUGAUGGAGAUUCAAAUGCUGAUAAAGAGGAAGAACAAGAAGAGACAGAGUAUUCGCGAAAGGAACCUACAAACAUACCUUACGAUCGCUUGAUAGUUCUAGAGUUUGAAGCUACCUGUGAUGAUAAUCCAAGUAAUCCGGCCUCUGUUCAAGUUACCAAAGAAAACUCAGAAAUUAUAGAAUUCUCAUACAUUGUUUUGGACGCGUCAAAAUUGACAGUGAUUCACAAGGAACAGAUUUACGUACGCCCAGAAAGGACGACUCUGACGCCAUUUUGUACGGAAGUUACUGGGAUUACAUGGGAUAAACUAGAUAAUGCUGGCAGCUUGAGAGAUGCAGUUCGACAGCUGGACCAGUAUGUGACAACCGAAAUAGAUGGGAAGGGACUUACGUUUGCAUUUGUUACGCAUGGUGCGUGGGAUUUGCGCAUCCAGUUACCCAGAGAAUCUCGUGACAAAAGCAUUGAAUUACCAGACUACUUGGCUUACUGUUGCAUGUUCGACCUAAAGCAAGAAUACCUUCGUUGGCAGCUUCAUCAUCCUGACAAGAGUUUACCGGUUGUGUCUUUGAGCGAAAUGUGCGAAACGUUCCAAAUUAAGCGUCCCACCAACGAGCGUUCAGCCUUGGAUGAUUGUUUGACCAUGGUGGAAAUUAUUCGCUAUUUCUGUAGUUCUAACCAUAGUGAUAUAUUCGUUCAUCCGAUUGACACGAAUGCAGACCAUAUGCAGUUCAAGAAGGAAGAAUCAAAGGUCAUUCAUCUCGCUGGUUUACCUGUGGAAAUUACUCAAGGCGAACUUGAAGCAUGGUUCUCGGCAUCUGGCUUGAGACCAACCAUUAUGUGGAUGAUCAGACCUACUGAAAACACAAAGACAAGUGGAACUGGCUUUAUUUUAUUUGCUACUCAUGGCGAUGCUAUGCGAGCACUUAGUUUGAAUGGUCGGUCACUUGGCAACAAAACAAUAGAAGUCAGUCCAAGCAGUGACAGGGUUAUUGAAGCAGCUGGAACUAUCUUGGUACCAUUCCCUUUGAUGGUCAGCAAAGGCCGUACAUCUCAUCGACCUGGGGACUGGGAUUGUCCCAACUGUUACUUCCACAACUUCGCUUCAAGACGUCAUUGCUUCAAGUGCAACGCUGAAAAUCCUAAUGCUUCCUCUGGACCAGCUGUACCUGCCCCUCUGCCGUCCAACGUCAAUCCAGGUGACUGGAUGUGCCCUAAUCCUUCUUGUGGAUUUCAUAAUUAUGCAUCUCGUCAGCAAUGCUUCAAAUGCAAUUCUCAGAGACCUGGAGGUGCGCCAAGUCAGCCUGCUGCAAGCUAUCAUAGUCAGGAUUCAUAUGGGGGAUAUGGCGGUGGUAGGGCGACUGGUGGAGGUAGACCACCGCCAAGUUUUCGACCGGGAGACUGGAUUUGUCCGAAUCAAUCUUCAUGGCAACUAUGGAGGCCCAAGUGGUGGACCAAGUGGUGCAAGUAUAGGUGGCGGCGGCGGUGGUGGUUAUGGAUACGAUUCUACCGGAUAUGGUUCCAGUGGUGGUCACGGUGGUCAUGGCGGCAGCGGAAGUUACGAUUCUCCUAGCUAUUACGGCGGUGGUGGUGCUGGUAGCGGCGGCGUUGGCAACAACAGCGGAGGCGGAAGUGGUCAUGGUUAUGGGUAUGGCGGUGGUGGUCAUCAGGGUGGUGGCGGUGGUAAACCUGUCAGCGCUCCCUUCAGACCCGGCGAUUGGAUGUGUCCUUCAUGUUCUUUACAUAAUUUCGCUUCCAGAUAUCAAUGCUUCCGAUGUGGU